UUUAAUUUCAAUGUUGUAAAGGCUAGAGCACCAAUAAACAACACCAUUAAAGAAGAAAAUGCCAUGUUCAAAAGAAACUCUUGCUUGGUUGUUCUACAAUGCCUCCUCCUCCCUCCUCCUCCUCCUCCUCCUCCUCUUCCUCUACUUCUCCAUAACUUUCUUGCUCAAGCUCUUACACUUCAUUGGAAGCUACCCAAUAAUCCAAAGAACCCAAAAUGAUUUUGAUUACAUAUUCUCUGAGGAGGAGGAAGAAGAGGAGGAGGUGGAGGAUAACAACAACUAUUUCCAUGUCGAAAGCACGGCAGAAUCAAUCCCUUUUGUGUCCAACAACAUUAACCAUUAUCUCCACAGGCAAUAUGAUUCUUGUGAAGAAUUACCAGAAACUCUACAUGAUCCUGUGAUUGAAGAAUUACAAGAUGGAAGUUUUGGUGGCAGUGAUGAGCAGUUUAGCUCUGCUAAUGGUGAUGACUUAUCACCAAGUUCAGAAUCUGUGCAAGAUGGUGCAGAUGUUGUUGAGCAAGAGAUCCCUAAAAGAUAUGCUGAUUCUCUCCACAAUUUUGUCCAAAAUAAAGAUUGCCCCACAUUGCCCACUUCCAUAGAUCAUCAACCCAAAAGUGGGUUUAUGGACAAUGACAAAAACCGUGACGAUUAUUCGGAUGACCCAAAAUAUGAAAAAACAAAGGUGGAUUCAAAUUUUUCUGAAGAUGAGAAUUUUUUAGUUUAUGCACCAACCGAAUUGGAGUCCAAGAAGCUUAAAGCUAUCGUGAAGGAUGAUGAAGAGAUUUUUGGAGAUUCAUGUACAAAUGGGUCUACUUCUAAGAGCUCUUCUGAAUGGAGAAGUUCAAUCAAUUGUAGAGAUUCAGGGACUGAAGAUCCAUUCUCUUCUUCUUCAAGAAGAAGUUGCCCAAAAUGGGAGUCCUAUACUGUUUUCCAAAAAUAUGAUGAAGAGAUGAUGUUCCUUGACAGAAUUAGUGCACAAAAGCUCCAUGAAACAGAAUCACUUAGAUCCAUCAAAGUGUGUCCAAGAUCAGUUUCAGAGAGAAUUAUUCACAAGUUUGCAACAAUAAACAAGAGUAGGCGUUCGGAUAUCGGUCGCAACCCGUAUCAUGAACUAGAAUCUGCUUAUGUAGCUCAGAUUUGCUUGACAUGGGAAGCUCUCAAUUGGAAUUACAUCAACUUCCAACGAAAGAGAGCAGCUCGUCGUCGCGAUUUUGAUCCAGGGUGCCCUGCUGGUAUUGCUCAGCAAUUUCAACAGUUUCAAGUUCUUUUACAAAGAUACAUAGAAAAUGAGCCUUAUGAACAAGGCAGGAGACCUGAAAUCUAUGCCAGGAUGAGGCUCUUGGCUCCCAAAUUGCUUCUAGUACCCGAAUAUCGAGAUUAUGAAGAUGAUGAAAAGGAUGAAGGUUUUGGCUCAAGAAUUUCAACAGCUUCAUUUCUUAUGAUCAUGGAGGACGGGAUCCGAACAUUCAUGAGUUUUCUCAAGGCCGAUAAGGAGAAACGAUGCCAGAUUCUCAAAGCCUUCUUCUCAAGAAAUCGAAGAGGUUCCAUUGAUCCUACACUUCUCCAUUUGACUAAGAAAGUAAACAAGAAAAAAAAGAUGAAACUUAAGGAUCUUCGCCGGGCUCGAAACUGCAUAAGGAAGAGAAGAUUAACAGUGGAUGAAGAGAUGGAGAUCUUGAUGGGUCUAAUAGACCUCAAACUUGUUUCUAGGGUUCUAAGAAUGAGUGAUUUAGGUGGAGAACAAAUGCACUGGUGUGAAGAGAAGAUGAGCAAAGUGAGAGUCUCGGAUGGGAAGCUCAAAAGAGAUUCCUCAACACUUUUCUUCCCAUCACAUUGAACCCACCAUAACACUAAUUGCUGCUUUGAUGACUAGAUCAGCAAUGUAUUGCACACACAAAAGGAUAUAUUCCAGGACUAGCCUUCUUGAUAGAAAAUCCAAUGUAUAAAUUCCAUAACUAUGGUAAUUUGGACCCAGAAAGUUAUGGCAUGUCAGAUACAUUAUGAUGCAUCAAAAUCAUCUUUCAGUAGUACGGAUCUCAGUAUUUUUUAUUCCGGAUAUUCUCAAUAUUGAGAUGGAUGCACACAAUUUCACAUGAAUCAUGUAACCCGCGAAUUCACAUGAAUUAUGUGAAUCCAUUUCGACAUUUAGGAUAGUUGAGACAAAAAUACUGAGAUCCUUAACAUUAUUUUCAAUCAUCUUUUGAAUGCUUGCAACAGAUGGCUCUGAUGUAUGAUGAGAAGGCCUACAUGUGGGCAUGACAUGGACUUUGGAGAUAUGAAAUCUUAGAAAGUAAGGAGUGGUGGCCAUUAGAGAGAUCUUUGCAUGAAGACUGAAAAGUAGGGGAAAGACCAGAGACAAAGUAAGGAAUGAAGAAGAUAGAGACAGAGGCAAGAAUUGCUUUAGUUACUUUAUUUAGCUUUUAUCUUAUUCAUUAGUUCAUGGAUAAUGGAUUUGAGCUGAGUCAAAAGAAGAGCAGAGCAAAUGCUGCUACACACUGGCGCUUAAAAAGAAAAAAAAGAGUAGUGGCUGGUCAGAA